CUUGCGUUAACCGGUCCACUCAUGUUAAGUUGGCGGCUAUGGGCCUUCGUUGCAUGCGCCACUAUCCUGUUACUCUGCUUAGGUUCUGUCAAAGCCGGCGGAGGACAAUCGAACUCAUUGCGAAAGCAAGACGACUAUGGAAAUUAUGCUUUUUCGUACGACAUUGCUGAUAAGCAUGGGGCUGUUAACGGAAGAAAAGAAUAUGGCGGCCCUCACGGCGUUUCCGGUUCAUACUACAUCGGUGAUAUUGAUGGACGUCAUAGAACAGUGCAUUAUGUCGCCGACAAAAUCGGAUUCCGCGCGCAAAUUAAAACCAAUGAACCUGGAACUAAGACAACGUAUGCCGCAAGUGCUGCUUAUGCAUCUGCAAACGGCAACACAGCGCUCGCUGGGGGCUAUUACGCGGACCUUAUCAGUUACAAGCAUGGAUCCACGGGGUAUAACCAUGGAGGCUAUGGACAUGCUGUCUCUUACGGGACUUAUGGUGCUGCAGGCCCUGUGUUCGACGGCCACGGCGGAUUUGGUCACGGGAUGGUGGGAUAUGAACAUUCUAUCGCCCACGGGCACCACGGCGGUUCCAUUAGAAUACACGGAGGUUCUGGGCCUUUUUAUAGAUAAACCUGCAGAAAGAUUGGGUUAAGCUCUUCGAACCGAGUGACACCAUAGAAUUGACUUAUUCUACUCUGAAGUAUUUUACUGUUUCCUUUAAUUUACAUUUUGCGUACUAGAAAUGUCCUUUUCGUACCCUCUAACGCAUGCUUCGCUGUAUAUCCCUUUGUUCUCAGGUUUUUGAAAAAUAUUUAUAUUCAGUAUUUAUCUUUAUUUAUUUAGACCAAAUAUAGCCAAUAAUAUAUACUACCUAAGAGCUAUCAUUAGGACAAAUUAAACUUUCACUUUUUAAAAUGAACUGCUAUUUAGUCUUAAACCAUAUUGAUUCUUAGCUAUUCACAAUAGAGAUAAAACCCAACGUUUGUUUGUUACGUAAAGUGUUUUCGUUUGCAAAUCUAGCCUUUCUAUUGAAAAUAGCCUAUACAACUCGCCCCUAGAUUCAACAUAUACAUAUAUAUUCUUACGUAAUUUAUAACAUAAUGUACUCUUUGAGUUUGUCUACCUACAAAUAACUAAAAUUCAAUGCCUAUCUGAAGCACGAGAAGAAGUUCUACUUGUUCAGUGUUUAAUUGAGUGCUAUGGCAACGCUCCAAAAGGGAUUUAACAUAAUAAUCAAAAUGAUGACAAUCUU